UGUCUUUGUGUGUGUGUGUGUGGAGGAGGGAGGUUGUGGAAAUCUGGUUUCUUGUUACAGGCUGAACAUCAACCCUGAUUUUGCCUUUCCUCUCUUGUUCUCCCCUCAUCAUUGUCUGUUCCCCUGCCGUCAGGGAUAUUAACCCACACAGCCUCCCACAUCAAAACCAUAACACUCCCCUCCUCAAACCACAACCCCCUCUGACCCAGUUUUUGGGGUAAAGGGCUAUUGUGCGCUUUUCUGAGAGUCUCCCCCUUGCGCAUUCUUCAUGGAGACACACGCUUUGUGUGCGCAUACAGUAUGUGUGUGUAUGUCUCUGGUGUUGCUGUAAGGUCAGUGGUCUCUGAUCUCCAGGGCUGCUCUUUAAAAGAGAAGAAAGGAGGAGGAAACAGAAAUGAGAAGAGGAAAAGCAGGCAGGGAAAGACAAUGUUGAGUAUGUAGUCUGUGAGCUGUGCAGUGUGGGAGGCUGUCUGCCCCGUUGUCGUCAGACGUCAUGAGCUGGAGCUUCCUGACACGUCUGCUGGAGGAGAUCCAGCACCACUCCACGUCGGUGGGGAAACUCUGGCUCACUGCGCUAGUUGUCUUCCGCAUCGUACUCACUGCGGUGGGCGGCGAAUCCAUAUACUAUGAUGAGCAGAGUAAGUUUGUCUGCAACUCGGGCCAGCCAGGAUGUGAGAACGUCUGCUACGAUGCCUUCGCGCCGCUCUCACACGUGCGAUUCUGGGUUUUUCAGAUCAUUCUGUCCGCCAUGCCCUCUUUGCUCUAUAUGGGCUACGCGGCCAAUAAGAUCUCCCACAACGAGGAACUGCGGGGCGGCACGGGGGCCGGGGCUCCAGCCGCAAGUGAAUCAGCAGGGGACGGAUACACUCAGCGCAGACCGAGAAAGAUGUACUUUGGUGCACAGCAGCACCGGCCAGGACAUGAGGAUGGGGAGGAGGAACGCGAGGACGACCCCAUGAUCUACGAAGUGCCUGAGAUAGACAACACGCGUCGUGGGUUGGUGCCACCGCGACCCAAACCCAAAGUGCGCCAUGAUGGGCGCCGGCGAAUACGAGACGAUGGUCUGAUGCGAGUGUAUGUGCUACAGCUGCUGACCCGCUCCGCACUGGAGGCAGGCUUUCUGGCGGGACAGUACCUGUUGUAUGGCUUUCGCGUGGAACCAAUCUUUGUGUGCUCUGAUAAACCCUGCCCACACCGUGUGGACUGCUUCAUCUCACGCCCCACCGAAAAGACCAUCUUCCUCCGAAUCAUGUACGGUGUCAGCUGCCUUUGCCUGCUGCUAAACCUGUGGGAAAUGAUUCACCUCGGAGUGGGAACUCUCCGUGACGCACUACACAAACGAAACGAAUCAACCACUGAUGAUGAGUACCAGCUCGGCUUGCUUGCGGCAGGGGGUGUGUCUGUCGGAGUCGGUGGGCCUUCACUCAGUGAGGGGGAACCAGGAGGCGGAGUUGUGGGCUGCGGACGAGAAGCAGACUACGUUGGUUAUCCCUUCUCCUGGAACACCCCUUCUGCGCCACCAGGUUACAACAUUGUGGUGAAGCCUGAGACGAUGCCAUACACAGACCUGAACAAUGCCAAGAUGGCGUGCAAGCAGAACCGUGCCAACAUUGCACAGGAGGAGCAGCAGCAGUACGGCUCCAACGAGGACAACUUCCCAUCUGCAGGUGAGGCGAGACCGCCUCCCAUCAACAAAGAUGUGAUACAGUUAGAGGCAGCGAUUCAAGCCUAUACCUUGCAGCACCAUGCUAGCAAUAACCACGACGAGAUAAACACCAAUGACAUAGACGAGAAGCCUCAGAGCAACAUCACCAAAGCACCACAGAAGGAGCGAAAGCAACGGUCCAAGCAUGGAAAAUCUGGGAGCGCUGGGAGCAGCAGCGGCAGCAGCAGCAGCAGCAAGUCAGGAGAAGGCAAACCAUCUGUCUGGAUCUGACAUUUGCACACACACUUGACCUUACACUGAGUGUUGCCCACUAUCAUCCAAUUCUGCAAGUUUUUUUAGACACAAAAUGUCCUGUGUAUCCCACGGAUUACAAAGACAUCGACAUAAACGAUUAGAAAAAUGCUGUAUAUCUUUUUGAAGUGUUUUCAGUGCCUUAAACAAACUCCAAGAAUGAGAUGGAUUUUUUCUUACUAUUUCUUGAUCUUCCUAAAAUAAUCUUGUGCACUCAAGAUUAUGUUGAGCUCUAAGAACAUUCCCUCAUAAUCCAGAAAUACCCAUCCGUUUUCAAAGUUGAGAAAGUCUUCCUAUCGGAUUCGUUCGGGAGAGUGAUGACACUACAAUCCGAUUCCAAACCAGCUGUCUUCCUUUUUCCAGUGUUAAACAAUAACUUUUGCAUCACAAUGCCAAGCUAUAACAAUGCAAUGAUACACCAAUGCAAUGGUGCUAUUAACUGUGGUCUUCCAGACCCAACAAACAUUGCGUGAAAUAAUCUGUAAAUCUACAUUUACAAACACAUCCAGUGCAAUUUAUUUUCAUAGCUAUGGGUGUUUGAGGAAGCAGUAUUUCUAGACACCAAGACUUGGGAUAUGCUGUUGAUGGAUCCACUUCCUACUCUGUUAUUGUACUAUCCCCUACUGGUGAAUAAAGCAUUUGCAGUCUAGUUUUAUCAGCCAUAUAAAUAUGUACAGGGUCCCAACCGUCCUAGAAAUAACAUGGAUUUUUUAAAGUGUUAUUUCCAGACCUGAAAAAAUUGGAAAUUAAUAUGAAUAAUUAAAUAAAAAAGGAAAGUAAAUUAAAAGUAAAUUAAUUUCAGUGCUCAGUUUUCUGCUUAUUUCUUUAGAUAUAUUUUUUUUAAAUCUUAUUUCUUUAGAUAAAAAUUACUCUUUUUGAGUUCAGCCAUUAUGAAAUUAUAAAAAAAACUUUAUCCAGUAAUUAAAUUAUGAAUUAAUAAGUUAAGGAGAAUAUCAUGGAAAUCCAUGUGCUCCUAAAGUGUGGGAAUCCUGUACUUUAGAAACAUGAAAUGAAUUGUCUUUCAGACUGAAUUGUCAGAAAGUCACUGUGUAUUGUUUCUACUGCUUUAGUGAACAUGUAUUUAUGGGAACAUCCUGUGGUUCUAACAGACUUGAUAUAGCAAGUAGCAGGUCUAAUUUGGUUCAAAUGGAGGUUGAGUUUUUAACAGUGACACUCUUCAGAUCAUUCAACAGAAAUAUCUAAGUUACACACACAUACACACUGUGUGAAGAGUCUUCCAUUCUCUCUCACUGCCACUUUCCAACUUGUGAGUCGUUUGCCUUUAUGUAGGAUGUUUCGAUUUGUGACAUUUGCCAUGGGAGACCAAUUACUGUUUGUCACAAAGACAUCCAGCUACUAUGCAGUCAUGCAGACUGAGGAGAACACGCCAUAAAACACUGCUGUGUGUGCCUGCGUGUGUGCGCUUGCGUGUAGCUGAAGACGAGGCAGCAGGAGUGAUUGCAUGAGUGCAUGUGACCAAUAUUUGAUUAAUGAAUUUAAAAAAAGAAAAAACCCUUUAUAUAUCAUCAUUUCAGCAGCAUUUUUUGAUGCAGAAGAUUGUGGCAUUAGAUUUGUGGUUUCUAAUCGAGACUUGACUUGUUUGUAUUUUUAAACAUCAAUUUUGGUUUCUUUUUUUAUUCGCUUUUUAAAGACAUGGAAUUCUAUUCAACAGUGCCCAUAUGAUUUAUUACGAAAUAAGUUUUGUAGGAUUUUGUAUAAUUUUGUUGCCUUUAAUAGAAGCAAAACAAACUAUGUGAUGUAGUCAACCAGAGAAAAUGCACUUCCCUUUUUUUUCAUAGUCAUAAUCGAAUCCGAUUUUGCAUGGGAGGGAAUGUUUUAGGGGAAUUUCCAAGGCGCUCUUUUCAAUGGAAAGCUCUUAAAAAAGAAAAAGAAACUGAUAUAUAGUAAGCUACUUAACUUCAGAGUUUGACACAUCGCUUUGAAAGCAAGUCUUUCUCAGCAGGCCACAGUGAAGUCUGAUGGCACUCUUACUGACGAGCGUUUGUGAAUGUUGAAGCAUGCAUUUCUAUUUAUUGCCCUUUCCUGAUUAUCAGGCCACAUUAAACCCUAAUGUGUUUAAUAUGACCUUUGUUUGUCCUGACUGGUAUGUGUUUCUAUAACUGUUUUUUUGUUUGAAAAUGAGGGAGAAAAAAUGCUUUUAAUGUGCCAAGCUGGAUUGUCCAGUGAUGUACAGUUAUUUCCAGUUUUGGAGAACCCUCUCUUUGAAUUUUGAAAUGCAUGUUCAGAGCUAUUUUUUUAAUAAAAAGAAAAAAUGGGA